CCUACGUAACUCCAAGUAAGAUUGUCCACUGUACAGUACUGUACGCUGCCGUGAUUCAGCCCUCUAUACCUCCCUCACUUGCAUCCCAUUCAAUCCUCUUUCUCUUUCUUCCACUGCUUCACUUUGCAAUUAACUCGAGUAACAAAGAAAACCACAAUUGCAAGCGGCUAUCAAAAUAGCAAUUAAUUAUUCCUCAUCCUUUGUUGCCCGUGACCUCUAUUCAGGAACCCGAGUCAGAAACCUAGCCUGUCAGAAACCGCGACCACGCUUGUCUCGUUUAAAGGCUGGUAACCUCAGAAACCGAACGGGCACCAGGAACUACAUUUUCAGGGGACAUUACUUCACUCUUCCCGCACUUCAACCCUGAAUUGAUCAACCUCGAAAACACUCGCUGCUUCUUCGUGGCGACUGAGAUCAAUCUGAUUUCCUCCGCUGCGAAAUCAACGUCGUCAAAUCCUCACCGCUUCGCCAAUCGCGGUACAUUGGGGCGAAGGAAGGAACAAAGGAUACCUCUUGGCGGCCUAUCGCGACGACAACGCAUCGCGCGAAAGGGCAGAAGCGACACCGCCUGCUCUGCAUUUAGACUCGAGUCCCCGAGAAAAGGACGCGACUCGCGCAAACCGCAGCUAUGGGCUCAACGCAGUUUGGAAACUUCCAUAAUUUCUGUCGGGAUUCGACCCUUCCUGUUUGCAAUCUCCUCUCUCCGACACAUGAUCAAAAUGGAUUCGGAGGAUGCGAAUUGACCGGAAUCAACCUCCCAGACGGGAAACACCUCGGCAAUAUUGGCUCGAUAAUACUUUGCGGCCUGGCUAUUCUAGUGAGCGGUUACCUGCUAUGGAGGUCUGAGAGGAAGCAAGCUGCCGUCGGCCGAAGGGAGAUGCAGCUGUUUCUGUUGGGUUAUAUUAUCAUUGAGAUCUGCGAAAUCUUCACUGUCGGAGUGUUCCCUCUCAACUACAAAGUCCGAUUGGCCUUCAGUGGGAUACACCUGGGAAUGAUCGUUGCAACGACGUGGAUCCUCAUGCUCAACGCAGCCGUCGGAUAUCAAAUCAUUGACGACGGCACUCCCAUGUCCAUUGGCCUAGUCAUCGGCUCAGCGGUUGCUCUCCUUGUCGGCACGGGCUAUAUCGCCCUGGAUACUGGCUUCAGAUGGACCGGCCACUUCGACAGCAGCUUAACCGGCAAUAACCGCAACAUCGGGCUUUACGUGCUCUACCAACUCGCGCCCAUCAUCUUCCUGGCAGUUUUCUUCAUCUUGGAAACCAUCCUUGUCCUGAGGGUUCUUGGCGAGAGGAAGCCAAUGAUCUACCUCGGAGCCGCCGCACUCUUCUUCAUUCUUGGACAAAUCUUCAACUACGUCGUGAGCACCCACAUCUGCCACGGAACCAGCGGCAAGAUCGACGGAGCCAUCUUCGAGACCCUAUUCACCCUGCUCUCUGUCGUCACCAUCUGGUACUUCUGGUCGAGCAUCACCGAGGACGACUGGCCAAUGCCAGCGGUUAACUACCCUUAAAGAAAGAACAAGAAUUAUACCUUAAUCUGGCAUCAUCUGGCAUUCGAGGAGUUUUUGGGCGGUGGGGGUGGGGUUCUGUACAAAGAGUUUAACGGUUUCGACGAAAAUCCAUGGAGGCGGAUUUAAUUCAAUUCGCCAAUUUGAUCGAGUUUGGUGGGGAGGAGGAGCAAUGCGCGAACGCAACAUAGGUAACUAAUAUGCCUUAUAUAUCACUAUGUUGAUGUGUCGGGCUGGGGAUAGAGGAUCCCGUCGUGCCCGGGGGACAUUGGGACGAUACUCUUGGACGUUGUUUUAAGGGGAGAGGGUGGUCAAGUAGUGGCCAGGAUUAUAUACCCUUCGUAGCAUAUAUGGGAAGAAUGAAGCAAUGAUUUUAUAUUAGAGAUGUCGUCCUGAAGCUAUUAUCGGGUCUAGUGUCGAGUGGUGUGAGUUUGGCACUUAUUGUAUUGGUAGUGACCUUGGCCUCAUUAUUGAUCAUAUGGGCUCCAGAAUAGCCAAUUGGAAAUAACCAC